AUGUUUAACUCCAGUGAGGUCACUCAGUUCUCUCUCGUGGCGUUCCGAGAUCCUGGGAUGUUCCGGUUCCUGUUCUUCUCUGUGGCUCUAAUUCUUUACAUUCUCAUCGUGUUCUCCAACGUUCUCCUCAUUGUGGUGGUGUAUCUGAGUCGGACUCUGCACGAGCCCAUGUACGUCCUGCUCUGCUCGCUCUUCCUGAAUGAGCUGUGGGGCAGCUCAGCCAUGUUACCCUUCCUAUUGGUCCAAAUCCUCAGAGACGCCGCUUUCGCUCCGUACUCGCUGUGCCUGCUCCAGCUCUUCUGCGUUUACUCGUACGCAUCGGUCGAGUUCACUAGUUUAAGCGUGAUCUCAUACGACCGCUAUGUGGCGAUCUGCUGCCCCCUGGAGUACCACGCGCGCAUGAGCCCAAACAAAGUGCGUGUACUGGUGGUUCUGAUCUGGCUGCCUCCGCUCGUCGCCGUAGCGAUCACGACGAUCCUCACGGCGUCGCUAACUCUGUGUGGUAAUGUUAUCGAUAAAGUUUACUGCGAUAACUAUUGCAUCGUUAAACUCUCGUGCUACGACACGACGGUGAAUAACUGGUACGAGCUGGUGGCCGCCUCCCUCACGGUGGUGGCGCCGCUCGUGGUCAUAUUUUACACGUAUGUGCAGAUUCUGCGCGUGUGUUUCAGGGGGAGCGCGCACACGCGACAGAAGGCGGUGAGCACGUGCGCGCCGCACCUCGGCUCAGUGCUUAACUUAGGGUUUGGCGUUCUGUUCGAGGUGAUUCAGACGCGCUUCGACACCAGCGUUCUGCCCACGAUGCUUCGGAUUCUUUUACCGGUGUACCACGUGACCGUGCAGCCGCUGCUCAACCCGCUGAUGUACGGACUCAACCUGAGGCAGAUCCGACGACAGUGUCAACGGCUCCUGCUCAAACACAAUAAAACUGUGGACAUGGGCUGA